AUGAUGGCAGAAUUGGCAGAUCGUCGUCGCGCUGCAGCUGUUUGUUGAGCGACUGGGCUUGCGGUGUCGAAGUGUUUUGAAAUAAACUGACUGGUUGCUUUGUUUUAUCGUGAUACAGUGUAUUUUCAAUGAUUAUAUUCAGAAGAAAGUGCUGUUCCUAAAGUGAUAUUCUGGUUUUGUGAGUUUUUUUACGAAGCAAAGAGAACCAUCAUGGAUUUCAAAACAGUCGUUUUCAAUGCUGCUCGAGAUGGAAAUCUUACGCGACUGAAAGCGUACCUACACAGUUGGCGCUCUGCAGACGAGCUGAACAUGUUGGUGGGUGCGAAGGUCGGUGGCGCGACUCCACUGGUCAUUGCCUGCAGAAAUGGACAUUACGACGUAGCCGAAUACCUUAUAGAGAGGUGCAAAGCUGACAUCGAACAACCUGGUUCAGUGACAUUCGACGGCGAGACGAUAGAGGGCGCUCCGCCGCUGUGGUGCGCCGCGGCGGCCGGCCACCUCCAGCUCGUGAAGCUGCUGGUGCGAGCCGGCGCCAACGUCAACUCCACCACCAGGACUCACAGCACGCCCCUCAGAGCCGCUUGCUUUGACGGACAUUCUGAUAUCGUUAAGUUCCUAGUCGAAAAUGGCGCCGACAUAGAAAUAGCAAAUCGUCACGGGCACACGUGCCUCAUGAUCGCGUGCUAUAAGGGCCACAUUAGAAUCGCUAAGUACCUCCUGUCUUUGAACGCGGACGUCAAUAGGAAGAGCGUGAAGGGCAACACGGCCUUACACGACUGCGCGGAAAGUGGCUCUCUCAAUAUACUCAAGAUGCUGCUAGGACAUGGAGCUACUAUGGACGUUGAUUCCUACGGUAUGACACCACUCCUAGCCGCAUCAGUAACAGGCCACACACACAUAGUCGAGCACCUAAUAAAUGCGGAAUACGGGCUAGUGACGAGACAGCAACGUAUCGACGCGCUCGAACUGCUCGGGGCCACGUAUGUCGAUAAGAGACGAGAUAUGGUCGGCGCGCUCGCCCUUUGGAAACGGGCUAUGGAUGACAGAUUUCCAGCAGAUGGUAGUGAACCCAUCCCAAAGCCGAAAGACAUCCCGCGCAUAGAAGCUUACGACUACGCGGUCGAGCCGAGCAAUGCGCAGCAACUAGAAGAAAUACUCGCCGACCCUGACGGCAUGAGGAUGCAAGCGUUAGUCAUUAGAGAGAGGAUUCUUGGGCCUGCUCACCCCGACACGUCGUACUACGUGCGGUACCGCGGCGCCGUGUACGCCGACGCGGGCCGCUUCGCCCGCUGCCGCCAGCUGUGGCACCACGCGCUGGACAUGCAGCGAGCCGUGCUGCCGCCGCUGUCGCCGCUCACGCAGUCCUCGCUCUACUCCUUCGCCGAGCUCUUCUCCUACAUGCUGGCCGAGCGGGCGCGGCCGCCGCUCAGAGGUCGUAUCGUCCCCCCAGUGACGUUCGAAGACAUUGAGCCCGUAUUCAGGAAGGCGCUCUCCGAAAUAGACCGCGGCAUGGAACUCCUAGAAUCUAAGCUAAGCAUCGACCGGGAGCAGACGUUGAGCACUCUGCAACGGGUGCUGGUCAUCUCGUUACACCUCGCCGCUCUCAUGGCCCGACUCUUAGAGGAACCCGACUGUACUGAAGAAAUCUCCAGGAAGAUACAUAAGGCUGUGUACUCGCUUGUUAAGUUAGAUAUUAAGGUGCGUCAGGGUCGCGGCGCGCUGCACGUGGCGUGCUCGGCGGAGGGCGCGCGCGGGCGCGGCGCGCGCGCGUGGCUGGCGGCGCCCGGCGAGCCCGCGCCGCCCGCCGCCGGCCUGGUGCAGCUCAUGCUGCGCCUGGGCGCGCCGCCCGACGCGCGCGACGCCGACGGCAACACGCCGCUGCACCUCGUCUGCAAGCUAAACCCCUGUCCCGCGGAAGUAGUUCGCGAGCUGCUAGCGCACGGCGCACACAUCGACACGGUCAACUACGAGGGCGAGACGCCCGAGGAAAUCCUCAAAGCGACGCAGCAGAGUCUGACGGCCAUCGUCAACCCCUUGCGUUACACCACGCUCAAGUGUCUCGCCGCCCGCACCGUCAAGAACUACCGCCUGCCCUACAGACACGUCGUGCCGCAGUGUCUGCACUCCACCGUCAUCACGCACUGAACCAACCACACUACACUAUACAAACAUACAAGAACAAACCAACUCAAAACUGGGUUCUGAUUGGUCCAACAACGAACAGGUUCAUUCUAUACCCUACCAUAUUUAAUGUGUAAUGAGUCCUUGGAAUUGAUGACGUUUGACACGUCGCUGACGCAAGUCAUGGCUCUAUAGAUUUUGAGACUUGUUUGAAUCGUUCUUUUAGCAUUUUAGAUUGGAACGAUCAGUGUAUAUUUUAGGAUCUUUUUGAGGCUACAUUAUUAUUCUUUUAAUUCGUUGUAAUACCACCGGAUCGAAUACCUUUACUUAAACUGCCAUACAAAAUAGACUAAUAAGGCAAAGGUAUGAUUUCGGGUUUAUACUAAAAUUGGGAAAGUUAUAUAGAAUUCAGAUUAAAAUAUAUAAUAUAAUUAGAAUGCAGCCAGCGACGACCAUCUGCCCGCUAUUUAGUGUUAACUGUAGAGUAAAUAUUGAAAUGUCAGUUUUAGCAUAAACUUGGUGUUGCUCUGAUGUCUAUUUUGUCACAGUAUUUUAAAAUCGGUAGCUCAGCUCAAAGCAGAAUUUGUAUAAUAUAUUAUUAUGUAUUGUAUUAUUAUAUACUAGUAUAAAUUUCAUAAUUCUGUGAAUUUAUGUUUUAUACUUAGUUUUUCUUUAUAAUAACUUCUCAUAGUUUAUAUAUUAUUGUAUAAUAUUGAUUGUUUAACGAAUUAUUCUUUUAUAGUUGUUUUGUCGAUUGAUUUGAAGUAUUUUAUAUAUGUCAAAAGUGAAAAAAGUUACGUCCUUAUGAUUGGUAGUAUAAAAGUUAUAGAAAUUAAAUUUCAGUGCUGUGCCGUACGUGAUUUGAGUAGAUGUAAUUAUGUACAUUGGAAAUAAGUAAAAUUGAUGUUUAUAUGACUUAUAUAGCUAUGUGUAAAUUACCGUAUGGCGAUACGUCUGGAUACAAUGGAGCUUUAACGCUAUGUUAUGUGGCCACGUUGGUACAAUAGAUGAAUUAAAUGUCACAAAUAUAUUAAUUGUAACUGAGUGUAUAAGAGAUCAGAGCUCAAACUAAAAAGAACAUUAUCUUACUAUGAAUAUUGUUUGCGUGAUAACCUGCGUGCAUAUUAUAUUAAUAUACUUUGGUAUCGUAAAGGUAGACUUUAACACUUCGCAACGAUUAUAAAUAGAUGAAGUGGAACAAUAGUAGAUGUAAUGGCACUGUGUGUACUUACUGCUCGACAACACAAUAGAGAUGUAGAUUAAAAUAAGUAUGAUUAUUCCCGCAGUCAUAAAACGGAUACGAAUUUAGUUGUUUUCGCUGCAAUCAACGAAAUAUUGACUUCAUCUGUAUAUAAUCUUUGAUACGUCCACCAAGUGAUAUUCGCUUUUAAUUUUUGACUAUUAUCGUAAUGCUAGAGGCCCGCUGCCGCGGCUUGGACUAGAGUCAAUAGUUUGAGACUUACACCCUCUCUAGUCCUCUAUUAUAUUAGUACAUCCUGAAUUACUUUUUAUAAACAUAAAACCUUACUCCAAUUAUGUCAGUGAUAAUCGCUUGACGCAUAAUUAUAUCAAUGUAAAAACAAAUUAGACAUAAGUAGGCAUAUUAGAAAUUAAUGGAGAUACGUAUAAAUUGGUAUUGUAUAUUAGCAGAAUGGGUAACGACAAAGUAAACUAUUAGUACUGAAUUAUGAUAAAGAUGUUGAUUCAUGUUGUAACAACGGCAUCUUACGCUACUUUGUGUGUAUUUCCUCAUAGUAUAUUAUAAAUUUAGUAAUACUGCGUGAUUAUAUGCUAGUUAUUUUUGAAAUUAAUAAAACGCUUUAAAAUAUA